GACGUCUCUCUUACGCACCCUCCCCUUCCGUCCCCGCCAGUGUCCUACCUUGUUGAUCCCAUUGCCUCCGCGACCAUCACUUCCCGUCCCGAUUUAUUCAAAAUUGUAACCCCUAUCAAAGUCGACCGCUUUGCCGAGCUUCUGUCCGACCAUCCCAACCAACCUUUUGUGCGCUCAGUAAUCAGAAGUCUCCGUUACGGCUUCUGGCCCUAUACAGAAGAAAAACCACCGACCUAUCCAUCGACUUGGGAUGCCGCUGGCUCACCACCUCGCGAUGAGAAAGCCCAGGUUUUUCUCCGAGAGCAACGAGACGAAGAAGUCUUCGCAGACCGUUGGUCUCCUGCCUUCGGUCACGAUCUUCUCCCUGGGAUGGUUGCCAUGCCCCUCUUCGCGAUCCCAAAACCCAACUCCGACAAGUUCCGCCUAAUCAAUCACCUUUCGUAUGGGAAAUACUCCGUCAACUCACUCGUCCCUCCCGAGUCCAUCAGAGGUACCGUCCUCGACGGUGUGCCUGCUCUCGGAGACUCCCUCCGGCAGGUAGCGGCUGACUUCCCUGACGUAUCGUUACUGCUGUGGAAGUCAGAUGUAGCGCACGCCUAUCGCAACCUCCCCGUCGCCCCGCAGCAGCAGCUGCUACAGAUCAACACUAUCGACCACCUCCGGCAUGUUGACCGCAACCUCCCGUUCGGUCACCGUGGCUCCCUGAAGUGUUGGCAGGCGUUCAACUCCCUCGUGAUAUGGAUUGCUGAGAAGAAGCGGAGCGUACACCGCAUAUCGAACUAUGUCGAUGACAGCGCGUCUGGCUCCCCACAGGACGACCUCCAAUGGUUUGAACCUUUUCAGCAGCACAUCCCAUCGCCUCUUGCUCGCCUCCUUUCACUCUACGAUGAGCUCGGGAUUCCUUACGACCGCCGGAAGCAGCUUUGGGGCCCACAGCUGCCAUACAUUGGUUUUCUCGUCGACGUCGACGAUUUCUCUUUCACCUUUCCCGAAGACAGGAAAUUGAACCUUAUCACCGCCAUCGAGAAGUUCGUUUCUUUCUCUUCGGACGCACACCGACGCCGCACUAUCCACGACUUCCAAGCUCUUGCCGGGCACAUCAGCUGGUCGCUCAAUGUCUUCCCCCUCCUCCGCCCCUGUCUUGCCAAUAUCUACGACAAGAUCUCUGGCAAAUCGCAGCCUCACGCGAAAGCUUUCAUUAACAACGGCAUUGUGCGAGACCUCCAGUGGUUUCUUCGCCACAUUCAAACUCUUCCUGGGAUCCGCAUUCUCGCGACUGAGGCCUGGACACCAGCUGACCUCGACGAGCUUUCCUCCGAAGAC